GACUACUACUCGGACGUGAUUGCCAACGAUUCCAUAGCGUUCCUAAGACAUUCUAAGAAGCAAUAUCAGCAUAAACCAGUGAUGCUGACCAUGUCCUUCCCAGCGCCACAUGGACCUGAAGAUUCUGCACCGCAAUAUUCGCAUAUGUUUUUCAAUGUUACCACCCAUCAUACACCCAGCUAUGAUCAUGCUCCUAAUCCGGAUAAACAGUGGAUUCUGAAAAUCACCAAGAACAUGGAACCCAUACACAAACAGUUUACCGACCUGUUGAUGACCAAGAGACUGCAAACCUUACAGUCUGUUGAUUCAGCCGUUCAAAGAGUUGUGGAAGAACUAGAGUAUCUAGGAGAGCUGGAAAACACUUACAUCGUUUAUACCUCAGAUCACGGAUAUCAUUUGGGACAAUUUGGAUUGAUCAAGGGUAAAAGCUUUCCCUUUGAGUUUGAUGUCCGGGUGCCUUUUCUAGUGAGAGGUCCCGGUGUCGAACCAGGAAGCAUUGUCAAUGAAAUAGUUUUGAACAUAGACCUGGCACCGACAUUUUUAGAUAUGGCUGGUGUGGAACCACCUCCGCAUAUGGACGGCAAAUCGGUACUACCUCUGUUUCUGAAUUCCAAAAGGAAGCGACUCCGUUGGCCUGAUACAUUCUUGAUUGAGAGUUCCGGUCGCCGCGAAAUUCCAAACAGCAAUAAACCAAACAAAAUCAGUGCUGCUAUCCAAGAAACCACUACUUAUGCUUCCACAGAAGGGUACAACAAUUCCUUUUAUUCUAAUACUUCCACUUCUUGGACCACUCAAACCACAGAGUCUCACAUCGAAGCAAGAAUCUACGAAUCAGGUGAGGAUCUUAACUUAGAUUCCGUUACUGAAGAGGAAGACGAUGACGACGACGAAGAACAAAUUGUCGACGAAAUAGAAGUAUUUGAUUUAGACGAAGGAGAUCUGGAGGAAAAAACCAACAUAGAUAAUAUUGGAUUAGCUGUUACUAAUAUGGGUGAAGGUGAUAUGCAGAUGGAUAACAGGCUUCUACCGGUGUUGCCCCCUUCUAAACUCGAGAGGCUAGCCGUGGAGUGUUUGAUGGACGAGAUGAAGUUGCCAUGUACUCCCGGACAGAAGUGGUACUGCGAAAACGAUGGUGGAAGAUGGAGGAAACACAAAUGCAAGUCGAUCGUUAGGAGUACUAUUCCGUAUCCUUCUAGUAAGGCGUACAGGAAGUGUGCUUGUUUCACGCCAAACGGAAUCGUGUACAGAAAAUUGCCGUUACAAAAUAUGACUAGGAGAGACUACAAUCGAUUCAGAAGAGACGUUCAGUUGUUGGAAGAAGACAUAUUUGAGAACGAAAAUGAUAGAACUCUAACAAGAAGAGAGAGGAGAGCACAUUUACGUCAUCUUGAAAGUGCUAUGGAAGACUUUGAGGAUCAGAUCAGCGGACUGAAACUGGAAAACGACACUGACUCAUCAACUUCACUAAGAUCCAAUUUAGACACAAACAGAAUCUCGAAUCCUGCCUGCUCUUUGGAACAAGGCAAAAUAAUUUGUUCAAGAGUAAUAUAUAGGGACAAAAAAAUAUGGCUCCGAUCUCGUCAUAGAAUCGAAAACGAAAUCCAGGAUUUAAAAACAAAAUUGGAAGCCUUAAAAGAGAUUCGAAGACACUUGAAAAACAGUAGACCGCAAGAAGGUGUCUCAACAUUGAACGGUUCCGAACUCAACUCAUUCAACGAUCUGAGUUACCAUCACCAUCCUCUGUCCAUUGGGACAGUUGACGGUAGAGAUCCUAGCUUACUCAGGCCCAUUCCUUUCGAUAACGUCGGUAGAAAUAGCAAAAGGAAGAGAAAAAGGCCUACUAAGGUAACUACAGAGUCCGACGUAAAUGUUACGGAGAUGGAAAGUAGUACCUUUUCUUCAGUGGUGCCAUCGGAGUUGUUUAAUGGUACUACUGCGUCUCCGCCUUUGUUUACAAACCAUCAUAGACACGGGCAUAGGAUGCAUUCCACUCCUCCGAGUCUCCCGAAUUUUUCCACCAUUGCACCACGUGCAACAUCUACCAGAAGUAGGAAAAUUGUUUCUGUGCAAAAGCCUUCCCGAUCUGACGAUAUGAUUCCUCUUCCAAAAAGAAAGAAGAGGAAAAAUUUUUGUCACUGCGAGGUUAUGGAUCCUCAGAUAACCGACGUCCGGGAUAUAGCCAGAGAAGAAAAACGCCGAAUAAGAGAAGAACGACUUCGGAAGAAGCUGCGCAAACAAAAGAAAAAAGAUCAGAUGGAAAAAGAGUGCUGCCACGAGAAAAUGAACUGCUUUCACCACGACAACGAUCAUUGGAGAACUGCGCCACAGUGGACUGCGGGGCCUUUCUGUUUCUGCAUGAACGCAAACAACAACACUUACUCCUGCAUCAGGACGAUCAAUUCAACGCACAACUUCCUAUAUUGCGAGUUCACUACUGGAUUCGUGACAUAUUACAAUCUGAGGAUAGAUCCUUUCGAACUUCAGAAUAGAGUCAACAUGUUGAAAGAAAAUGAAAAGUCUUAUCUUCACAACCUGUUGGCCCAGCUAAUGGCUUGCAAAGGAAAGUCUUGUACAGUUGGGCACUAUCAAAAGCUGAGGAGUAGUGUAAAUGCAGUACCCUUGCACUCUGUUUUACCCCAAACCUAUAAAAAAAAGAGAUUAUCAGAAAAAGUUGCUAGGGCCCUCCCAUUAGUUCAAGAGCGUUCGUAUAGAAACGAUUUUUUACAAAGCAGUAAUAAACCUUGGCGUCGUAGAAAAACUUGGGAGUCCCCAUACAACCAGGCAAGACACAAAAGGAAGAGACAACAUUACAUCAACGACGAGAGCAGCGUUAAAAAGAGUUGGUAUUAGAAAAAGACGAAAAACGUGAGAAAUUCUUCAAUAAAAAAACGACUGAAAAUAUUGGUUAAUUUAGCACACAUUUUAAAGGAAUUGUGAUCUCUAAUUUAUUAACAAAUUGUAAUAAUUUAAUAUUUUUAGGAGCUUAGUGCUUUCCAUGUAUGUGUAAAAAUAAUUUAAUAUGUACAGAUACCAAAAAUUAAAGAGUCGAAAGAUGUGUUUCACUCGU